CAGCAAACAUGACUGGCUGGCUUUACUUAUUGAUUUUCUGCUUGAGUUUUUAUCAGGCAGCGGGACAGGCGCGCAUAACUGGUGGGCAGGAAACUGCUAUAAGCGCUGCACUCUAUCAUGUGUCCUUGAAAUACAAAGCGCAUGCCAAGGCGCCAUAUGUACAACGCUGCUCCGGCGUAAUCUACAGCUCAAGUGUAAUCUUAACCACAGCAAUGUGUGUGGACAAACUCGAGCUGAAUCAUCUACAAGUAAUUGCCGGGCAAGCUUAUCGCAGCGGCAGCAAAGGCAGAAUACAUCGUGUGGAACGCAUUAUUUACCAUCCACAAUUCGACAAGUGGUUUAUGGACAACGACUUGGCAUUGCUGCUGCUGCAGCAGCAGUUGAACCUCCAAGGCUUGGCCAGCAUAGCUAUCGCUCCAAAGUUGCCCAAUGCAGGCAGCUUUGCUAGCAUUGUCGGCUGGGGCGCAACUGCCACAGCAAAUGCAUCCGAAACUUUGCAGCUGGCACAAGUGCAACUGGUGCAACAAUCAGCUUGUCGUCAAUCCUAUGGUGAGGCACGCAUAAGUGAGGCCAUGUUGUGUGCCGGCAGCUACAAAGGCAAUCAAGUCGUGGAUGCUUGUCAAGGCGAUGCGGGUGGAGCUCUUGUGUUUAAUGAUCAGGCCGUCGGUUUGGUGUCCUGGGGCAGCGGCUGUGGACGCGAGCAAUUUCCAGGCGUUUAUACCAAUCUGGUUUACUUCAGAAAAUGGAUAGAUGAACAAAUGGCGUUGCUUUAAUCAAAUAUAAUAAGAGGUGUUUGCCUCAUGUAACUUAAAAAAAAAAA